AUGAUUCUUGAUGCUGGCUUUCAAUUUACAAGACUGUCGAUAGAAAGUGAUUCAGUAUCAAAUGUAAGGCAAGCACAUCCUCUCCGAUCCAGUCUCUCACUGACUGCUUUCAGUUUGAAACGUGCGAAUCUCAAUUACCAAAAGCUACUCCAUCGUUCCCCGCAACCCAAACCUCACAACACACGAUUCUGGUUGAUCUAUUUCUCUUCUCUUCUCUUCUCUUCUCUAUCUAUCUAUCUAUCUAUCUAUCUAUCUAUCUAUCUAUCUAUCUAUCGAAAUGUAUUCGUAUCUAUCUCUCUAUCUCCUUCAUGUAUUCGUAUCUCUCUAUUUAUCUAUUUGAACUAUUCGUAUCUAUCUAUCUAUCUAUCUAUCUAUCUAUCUAAUAUACUCGAUUCUAUCAAUCCAUGUACUCAGUGCAUUCGAAUUCAUAGGCUUGUAAAGCCUGUAUUUCUUUCUUUUUUCUUUCAUAGUCUCUUCCUAUUCAUCUGUCUAUCUAUCUACUUAAUGUAUUUGUAUAUCUAUCUAUCUAUCUAUCUAUCUAUCUAUCAUCUAUCUAUCUAUCUAUCUAAUGACCCCUCAACACUUACUUUCUUUCUUUCUUUCUUUCUUUCUUUCUUUCUUUCUUUCUUUCUUUCUUUCUGUGCUCAUAUUUAUGUACGUAUCUCAAUAUUUUCGCAUACUGCAAAUUGUGCUUAUAUAUCUUAA